AAGAGUUUGAGUUGAGUUCAAAAUUCUACUUUUUCUUUAGAAUACUUCAGUUUGGAAACUUAAAGCUAUUGUAAUUUAUUCCAAUUUAAAAUGUCUAUCUGUGAAGAUUUUUUCUCUUCAAACCCACAGCCAACAAAUUAUGACAUACUUUCAAAUAAAAUAAAAGACUUCUGUCAGUUACAUAAACAUGAUAAAGUUGUUCUUAUUACAUCAGGAGGAACUGCUGUGCCUCUUGAAAGACAUACUGUCCGUUCCUUGGAAAAUUUUAGCCAAGGAACUAGGGGAUCAUCUUCAGCAGAAUAUUUUUUAAAAUCAGGAUAUGCAGUGAUAUUUCUUUAUAGAUUAAAGUCACUUGAACCAUUUACUCGUCAUUUCAGUGACAUAAACAUUUUCGAUUGGUUAGUUGUAGAUAAUGAAAAUGAAUCAUCACAGAUCAAAGUUGGUUCUCAAUAUGUAUCAACGUUGCUCCCCAUAUUAAAAAAGUACAAGGAGGUAAUGAAUUCUGGAAAAUUAUUGAGCAUACCUUAUAUAUCAUUAAGUGAUUAUUUGUGGCUUUUAAGAGCUGCUUGUAAUGCACUUUCUUCCUUGAAUGGCAAAGCUCUAUUGUAUUUAGCUGCAGCUGUAUCAGACUUCUACAUUCCACUUGACAAAAUGCCCACACACAAAAUUCAGUCUGAUAAUGGGGCUCCAAAUAUAUCACUGCAUUUAGUACCAAAAAUCUUGGAACCAUUGGUACACUCAUGGGUACCUAAUGCAUAUGUCGUAUCUUUUAAAUUGGAAACUAACACUUCACUGUUGCAUUCAAAAGCAAGGCGUGCUUUGGAGAAAUAUCACCAUAAGAUGGUGAUUGGAAAUAUCCUCCAGACUAGAAAAUAUCAAGUAAUAAUAGUUACUGAAAAUGAGGAUUAUGACAUAGUACUUUCAGAAGAGGAAAAAGUUCAGAAUGUUGAAAUUGAGUCGAAAAUCGUUGAAUAUUUGUGUAAAAAGCAUGAUUUAUUCCUUAACAGUUAGUCUCACAGCAUUUCCAAUUGUGAGUAAUUGCUGAGGGAAAUAGUAGGAAGAAUGUGGUGAUGGAAGUAUUGUAGAAAUGUGAUGUUAUAAUAAUAGUCUUUUUAUCUGUUAUUAAUAUUUUGAAUAAAAUUUUGUUCAAAUUAGGAGUCUCAAUGUCGAAGUCUUAAAUGUGAUAUGGGGAAAUCGAUUAAUGAAUUAUUAGAUUACAACUGGUGGUAUCAUUGUCCUUACGAACCUGUAGUCAGUUUCUUUAUUGGUGUGGACAACUCCUUGAAGGAUGAAAUUUAUCUUUUAAAGAUAGAGUAGUACAAUAUAUGGAUUACUAAUUUGUGUUUCAUUUAGGCAAUCUUUGAUUCUAUAUUUCUUUGUAGUUAUAUUUAAUUCUGGUAAUAAAUGAUGUUAUGGUGAUUAACCUUUUUAGUUGAUAAUUUGAAACUUAAGCAUCAAUAUAGUCUUUGACAGCUAUGUAUAUUAGCGUGUUCCAUAUUGCAUGCACCAAAAAUGGUAUAUAUUUUCCAAUUGAUUUUUUUUUUCAAUUUAUCGGAGUUUUAAAAAAUAAAUUUAUAUUUAUAUUUUUGUACCUAGUUCUGAAAUUAUUAAGCUUAUAAGAUUUUUACCGUUUUAUAAGUGAUAAAUUAGCUUACAGCCCCAUUUUUUAAAGUAAAGAACUAACUAAUCAUAUUUUUGCACUUUAAACAUGAUUAGAAAUGAGCCGAAAAACAAUGAUUGAUUACUUCCAUGAUUAAUUCUGUUAGUAGCUUAAAUUUAUGUAUAAACAGUACAAUCUUUAUAAUCGGCCCUAUGAAUGAUUGAUAUUCUGGCAAGUCCAGUGCUCCUGCGCUUUAAGGACUGCCAGUGUGUUAGAUAUUUUCAUGUCUGCAAAUCUAUAGAGAUGGAGAUCAUUUUGUAUAUUAAAGAGUCUUCUGCUUUGGGUCACUGAGUUUGUCAUUUUGUGUUGCUGGUGUUUGAUGUAAUUGUGCCAAAACAUGUCAUGUUAACAUUAGAUCUAAUGUUAAAAUCUUAUAGCUUAAAAGUCUAAAAUGUUUAAUAAAAAACAUGAAAAGUUUGCUUAUUUGUCUAAGGAAGAUAUAUGUAGGCCUGCCAAUUAUGCAAAAUCUAAAUUAGGAAAAGGACCAAAUCGAAUCAUUCUUCAAGAAUAAUAAAUCAUCUUACUCCAUAAAAACAAUGUUAAGAGUAAGAAGUAGAAGAUACAUUUUCCUAUAUAUUUUUUUUUUCUAUUUCAUGUUGAAUUCAUAUGGAAAAACAAAAAAUAUUAUAGCAAAGUUAUAUAAAAUUACAUAUUUCUCGCAAAUGAUAUUAUUUGGUCACUUUCUUUUAAUGUUAAAAAAAAAUUUUUUUUUCAAUGUUGGUAUUUAAACACACAUUUCCAGUUUGUAUUCAAAGUAGUUUAAACUUUCAUUAUUUUGCAAUUUAUGCAGUGUAUAUUAAUGCAUUGUUUACAAUAUUUUAUUUAUGCUGUAAUCGAAAUUUGUAUUUUCUAUCUUAUCAGAAAUAAAAAUCAUUUAUUUCAAUGAAUUAUUUUAAUACAUUUUUUUUCAGUAAUUACAUGAGGCUUUCAUUUUAAUUUGUUGUAUUUUUUUAUGUAUGGCUUAACUAUUCUGGUAGUUCGACGUUGUCAGUUCCAAUAAAGGACUGGAUUAGUCAGAUUCUAGAGCACAGGCGGAGGGCAUUCAGGCGGAUCUAUGGGGAGGGCAUUCGGGCUGAAGCCCUCCUCUCCUCUCCCUCGUCCCAAAAAAUGAUAAAAUGUAACAUUGUUUUAUGGAAACAAAUAUUAAAAAAUAAUCUCUUAAAGUAUUAUUGUCCUUGUAAUUACAUUUAAUAGGACUUCAAGGAUAGCUUAAACACCAUUUCAUACGGGUAGUUAGUUUCUUUUUUUUUUCCAAAGUAAUUAUCGUUAUAUAUAAGAAAAAACAAACUAAAUUAAAAUUAAAUCCUGGAUCCGCUAGUGUUCUAGAGUAGAUGAAUUAAUGAAACUUCCAAUGUGAUCUACCCUCAGUGAAAUUGAAGGAAGCAUUUUAGUUAAUUAAAUAUAUGAAUAUUGUUAAUAUGGAUAAAAUAUACUAUAUAUUUAUUAU